GUCUUUGUUGGUUUCCCGGGACGGACAGGGGUGUGUAUGUGUCCAGAGUUGCGCCGUUUCUUGUGUCACCUCACAAAAAGACGUGCGCUUCCUGUUGGUUUUUGUUUCGUUUCCCCCCUACAAUCGUUUUCCGAAAACCAGGUGUUCGGGCUCGAUGUAGUUUGUUUCCAUUUCGUCACAAAGUCGACUGUCAAUUCCACCUCUCUCCCCCUCGCAUGUGAGAUCGCAGACUGGAUAAGCCCCCGCAUCCCAAGAAAGCUAGUCCACGCUUCCGACAGGGUUCUGUCAAGACUUGUACCUCCGGAACCCCGUUGUCAUCAUGGCUGAGAUUGACCGCGAAGUUAAGAUUGUAGCUGAGGAGACUGAUAAUCUCAGCAAUCUCACCUCAGAAUUCGGUAAAGUAGCAUUAUCAACACAUAGCCUCACAGCGUCAAUCCUCCAGAAUCGAGUCGAGAAUGGCCGGACAUAUCAUCGAUACAAGGACGGAAAAUACAGCAUGCCAAAUGACGAGACGGAGAGCGAGAGACUAGACUUCCAGCACGACAUUUGCAUCUACACCUUCGACGACAAACUCGGCAUAGCCCCACCUUGCGAAGAAGACGUCCAAGUCGGUCGAGUUCUCGACGUGGGGACGGGGACCGGGAGUUGGGCCAUGGAUUUUGGCGACUUACAUCCCGAGGCUGAUGUGUUGGGUGUCGAUCUCUCGCCUGUGAAAGCAGAAUUCGUGCCACUAAACGUCAGAUUCGAGGUUGAUGAUAUUGAGGAAGACUGGACAUAUUCACAUCCGUUCGAGUACAUCCAUAGUCGAUUCUUGACGGCAAGUAUUGAGGACUGGGAACGAUUCAUCAAACAAUGUUAUGACAAUCUUAUCCCUGGCGGAUGGCUGGAACUCCAGGAAGCCGAUUUGAUGCCGAGAUCGGACGACAAUACUCUCCCCGAAGAUGCCGCCAUCAUCAGAUACGUACAUAUGCUGAACGAAGCCUCCGAGAAGACGGGCCGCAAGUUCAUUGAGCCAAGUUCUCUUAAAGCCAAGAUGAUUGCAGCUGGUUUCGUCGAUGUCGAGCUACGCAUGUACAAGUGGCCUCACAACGAGUGGCCCAAAGAAGACAGGUACAAGAGGCUAGGGUAUUGGACGCAGGAGAAUUUCGGCACUGCCCUCGAAGCGCUGUGUAUGGCGCCGUUCACUCGCGUCCUCGAAUGGACCAGAAACGAGGUCAACGUGUUACUCAUCAACGUUCGGAAGGACCUGAGAAACACGAAUUAUCAUGCUUACUGCCCUGUUUACUGUAUUGCCGGCCGCAAGCCAUUGCAGCGCAGAUCAGACUUUCUAUGAAGGGCUGAGAAACCUACUCCGUCUUAACAGGAGACUGGCUUUAGACUCUAUCAAAUCGAGGCAUGUCCCAGGCGUUUGCACACCAAUGGAAAUGAAUUUGGGACUUUGGGAACCUGGAUCAACCCAUUCGACCGCCCGUAUUUAGAAUGUUUCAACCAGACACAGGAAAGAAGGCUGUCAAGUAGCCAGCGAUGCUAUUUAAAAGUGGUCAAAAUGACUGCAAAGUGCUUGAUUCUCGCACCUAGAUUAUUAGGAACCUAGGAACUAUGGAUAAGAAUGUAAAUUGGGUGCAUAAUUGACCCAUUACCA